GAAUGGCGUUCGAAAGGCUGAAAACAUACCGUCGUCGUCAGUUGUACGGCAAUCGUCGACUUGGUUGGACGAUCUUGCAAAGGAGAUUUGAGCGUAACUGAAGAAUUUUUAGUGCUUUGGUUGUUUCGAGGUGAAAGUGAUAUUUGAAUUCAGUCACAUAAAACUCGUACAAGUGAUCAAACUAGGCACUUUAUUUUUUUGAAUUUGAAAAAAAAAAUAUUAGCAAUACUCUGAAAAGUGGUGUUGAGAACAUUUCAAACAAGGGGAGAUAUCCUCUUACAUUCGGUGACUGUGUGGCCGAACGUUCGGCAUAAGACUCAAUAUUUAAUUUUGGUGAAUAUUUUUGAGAGCAUUGCCUGGCUUCUUCGUGGAGGUGUUUUGUUCUAAAAGACAGUCUCUUUCUCAAUUGGUGUUGAUAUCUUUUGGAAUGCCACAAAAAUAAUACUUGAGACACACUCAACAGAAAUCCAUGGUGAAGUUGAGAGAGAAUUUUAUUUAGUUGAUUGUUUUUUCAUCAAGUGAUUCACAGUGGAUGUAAAAAAAAACACAAGCAAAGUCUCUGAGAUAAGAAAUUAGUGUAUCAAAAUCGUGCAUUUCUGAGAAAAAGAGUGGUGAUACUUUAAAUGAUUGUGUUGAGAGUUGUGUAUAGAAAAAUUGCACACGAGAAAAUCCAAUAGAUCCACCCGCAAUAGGAGAUCUAUAAAGUCAGCCGGAGGUGUGGAAAAAACGUGGCUCACCUUGAGAAGCUUUUUUUUAAAAACUGCUUUGAGUUGGGACUUGAAGAAAAAUAAAGAAAAAAAAGAAACUACAAAUUUUGCAAUAAAAUCCGAAGAGAAUGCGGGAAUGAGGCUGGAGGUGAUGUGAAGUUUGGUAAGGUAGCCGAAAAACCCAAGAAGUGUGUGGGCCAGAAGAUUUCCGUGAAAAACAUGAGGAGGAGCGUGGUAUUGCAACAAGAGACGAUUAUAACGAUAGAAGAAAAGUAAGAAAUAUAGGUGGAUUUCUGCUGUUUUUUGCUUCCCCCGGAGAUAUGGACGAUUCGCACUUGAUGCUGACUGAAAUCCCUGGUGGAUUGAUAUCGCAUCGACCUCAUCAUCUGCCCAGGUAUGCUCCCUACCAUCUCCAUCAGCCACACCUACAACCCUCACCGGCUACUCAGCUCUAUCUGCAUCCGCCGGCAAGGGUUGUUCAGCGUCCUAAAACCCCAAUAGCCACACCACCGCCAGAGGGAACGCAUAUAGGUCAUCUCUAUCCUGAGAUCCUCACCAUGAUCUUUGCCAAACUCAAUGUGAGAGAUCGUGGGAGAGUGGCUCAGGUAUGUACAGCCUGGAGGGAUGCUGCGUACUCAAAAAGUGUGUGGAAAGGGGUAGAGGCAUGCCUACAUCUCAGGAGAACAACACCUACGCUAUUCACAUCGCUCGUUCGCCGGGGUAUCCGGAAGAUUCAGGUGCUGUCGCUGAGACGCACACUGAAGGAUGUGGUGAUGGGUGUGCCAAAUCUCGAGUCACUCAAUCUCAGUGGAUGCUACAAUAUCACCGAUCUCAAUCUCAGUCAUAGCUUCGCGACAGAAAUGGAGCACCUCAAAGUGCUAGAUCUCUCCCUAUGCAAACAAAUCACAGACACAAGUCUAGGCAGGAUUGGGACACAGAUCAAAAAUCUAGAGGUACUGGAAUUGGGUGGGUGCUCAAAUAUCACAAAUACAGGACUGCUGCUGAUCGCGUGGGCGCUCCGGAAGCUGAAAAGACUCAAUUUGCGAUCAUGUUGGCACAUCUCAGAUCAAGGGAUUGGCCAUUUAGCUGGACUGAGUCAGGAGACAGAGGGAAAUCUGGCCCUGGAGUAUUUGGGUCUGCAGGACUGUCAGCGUUUGAGUGAUGAGGCCCUCAAGUACAUUUCCCAAGGUCUGACAUCGCUCAGAAGCAUAAAUUUGAGCUUCUGUGUAUCGGUGACGGAUAGUGGACUCAAAUAUCUCGCCAAAAUGCCAAAGUUGGAGGAGCUGAAUCUGCGAGCUUGCGACAAUAUCAGCGAUAUUGGGAUGGCAUAUCUCACAGAAGGUGGCAGUACGAUAUUUUCCCUGGAUGUGAGUUUCUGUGACAAGAUCGGUGAUCAGGCACUCAUUCACAUCUCUCAGGGAUUGUUUCACCUGCGAUCUCUGAGUCUCAAUGCCAGCGGUAUCACUGAUGAGGGACUCGAUCGUAUUGCAAAGUCUCUGCAUGAUCUGGAGACACUCAAUAUUGGCCAGUGCAACAGAAUCAGUGACAAGGGGCUCAAGACAUUGGCGGACAAUCUGCAGCACCUGAAAGCCAUCGACCUCUAUGGAUGCACCAGAUUGAGUGCCCAGGGCCUGGAACUCAUCAUGAAAUUGCCCAAGCUGGAGACACUUAAUUUAGGUCUCUGGCAUGUAAGGUGAUUCGAUUGAUGUGUGUCAAGUCUGUGAUUGUAGUGAUAAUGAUUUUUUAGGAACAAAAUAAUGUAGGACAGAAGGAAGCCACGUAACGAAUUCAAUUGACAAUGAAUUGUGUUGGGGAAUUUAAUCAACGUGAAGCCAUCUCGAGAGGCAGAAAUUGUGUUUUUUUUUGUUUCUUUAAUGUUACACAUUCAUUUGUUAGAGAGAUCGAGAGAGGACGAUUUUUUUAUUAUUAUUUUGUAAUAGACAAGGAAAAAGGAUCUUGUAUUAGAUCUGAAAUUAUGGUUGAUGCAAAAAUAUUGAAGGUAAUUCAAUUUUUUAUCAAAUUUCUACUAAUCAAUUUUUCAAGAUGAAAUAUGGAGCUAUUACAUUGGGAAAAUUAAUAAAUAAAUUUAGUACAGAAGUGUACUAAAAUGUCUUGUGACGGAAUUUGUGAUUUUUGGAAGAGAUCGAGAAAAACUAAAAGGAGGAGAUACUGAAAAAUGGGAAAUAUACUUUCUAAUUAGUGUUUCAGAUAUUUCAGAAGAUAGAAAAGGAAUUCAAAAAGUACUUUGUUUCAGUACUAAAAAUCAGACAUGUUAAAAAAAAUUUCAGCUUUGUCGAUUUUCUUCAAGAUCACUUAUAAUAAUGUCAAAGAACAAGAUGCCUCUUGCAUAAUAAUUUUUUAGUACAGAGAGAUACAUGUAAGGGAAACUGGGACACCACCAAACACGGGGUAGAACCAUACACUGCUUUUUAUAUCUAAACUAUUUAGACUAUCUCGACCGUUUCUUCGGUGGACAAGCAUCCCUAUAAUGCCUGUAAAGAACAAUGAGCAAAAUGGUCCAACCUUUCGCCAUGAAUGAAACCCAUACCAUCGAAUAGGUAUUGACCAGGGGCCUCUCAAGAUUUCAUUUUUCCAUACUUUUUUGCCAAGAGGUACUGAAGACUAUUGGCAAGUUUUUUCCUAAAGAGAAUUGACUUAUCAGUCUGAUAUAUUUCGAAAUCGUGCAUUAAAAGCUAUCUAAAAAUACAUAUUUCAAAAUGUUCGCCAAAAUUAUACAAGAACUACGAGCAAAUUUGUUUAAGUCGCGGUGCAAUAGCUGCAAAAUUUUUACAAGGAAAGAUGAAAAAUAGCUUCAUUUUUUAUUGGGCUUGAUGGACCCCUGGUAUUGACAAACGUAACAAAUUUUGUUCCUAGACCAACUUCAAAUAUAUGUAGGAAGAGCUCUAGAGCAGAAAACAAAUUCUUAAGAAAUGUGACGAUUUUUUUUCACAUAACUUCUUUUAUACAAUAACGGUUUAUCUUAUGUCGGUCGUUUCAGAGAACAAUUUGUAAAGGAAGGCUCAAGGAAGAGCUUUCUGGAAUAAGCCUUAUCUUUAUCUUUUCAUUUUCACUGCAAUUUUCCAGAUUUACCUAAUAAAUCCUUAAAUAUUCUUCAAAUUCUUAUAAAUUAUUGUAUGUAGGGAAAUAUGUCCUAUGCACAAAUAUUUCUCUUGGGAAAGGGUUCAAUGCUUCUGAAGAUUGCAAGGCAUUAAAAGAUACCAUUAUCCAAAACUUUGAAUAAUAAGUUCAGAGUAAAAAUGUUUUAUAAUAAACAAAAGGUAACUCAUAUUGAGAAACCCUCGUCAAUUGUCCGAGAAACGCUUCGCGAAACCCGAGAAACCCACUUUUUGCAUCGUGAAACCCGAGAAACCCAAGAAUUGCAUCGCGAAACGCGAGAAA